CGUCGUCUUCGUUUCUCUUUCCUUCACUUCUCUGUAGUUCUGGCCGCUAUAUAAGGUCGAGCCAUCGCCAUUCCUACCCAUGCUGAAGGAGACCCGAUCACAGGAGAGUCAAAUGACGGUCCAGAAUGGAGGAUUGCACUCGCAUGUCAACAUACCCAAAAUCAAGUUUACGAAGCUAUUCAUCAAUGGAGAAUUUGUUGACGCCGUAUCAGGGAAGACUUUUGAGACAAUAGAUCCGAGAACAGGGGAAGCUGUAGCAAGCAUAGCACAAGGGGACAAAGAAGAUGUUGACAAAGCUGUGAAGGCUGCACGUGAAGCUUUCGACAAUGGACCAUGGCCGCGACUCCCAGGCUCCGAAAGAAGAAGGAUAAUGCUGAGAUUUGCAGACUUGAUGGAGCAAAAUGCAGAAGAGAUAGCAGCCUUAGAAACAAUCGAUGCAGGAAAAUUGUAUUUCUGGACCAAGAAAUUGGAGAUCCCUUCAGCAGCUGAAACAAUACGCUACUUUGCCGGCGCAGCCGACAAAAUUCAUGGAUCAACAUUGAAGAUGUCAAGGGAAAUGCAGGGGUACACUCUGCGUGAGCCGAUAGGCGUUGUUGGCCUCAUAAUCCCUUGGAACUUCCCUACUCAGAUGUUUGUCACUAAAGUUGGCCCGGCCUUGGCUGCCGGCUGCACCAUGAUCGUCAAACCUGCCGAGCAGACCCCUCUUUCCGCGCUAUAUUACGCUCAUCUUGCCAAAGAGGCAGGGAUCCCGGAUGGGGUGCUUAACGUCGUGACAGGAUAUGGACAUUCAGCUGGAGCUGCCAUAACCUCACAUAUGGACAUCGACAAGGUUAGUUUCACAGGGUCGACUGAAGUUGGCCGGCUAGUAAUGCAAGCAGCCGCGACAAGCAACUUGAAGCCUGUCUCCUUAGAACUCGGAGGCAAAUCCCCUUUCAUUGUCUUUGAUGAUGUGGAUGUUGAUAAAAUGGCCGAACUUGCUCUUUUGGGGACCGUGUACAACAAGGGUGAGAUUUGUGUUGCCGGCUCCCGAGUUUUCAUUCAAGAAGGAAUAUACGACAAAUUUUUGGCCAAGCUUGUGGAGAAGGCCAAGGCAUGGGUUGUUGGCGACCCCUUUGACCCAAAUGUUAGCCAGGGACCCCAGGUCGAUAAGAAACAGUUCGAAAAGAUUCUUUCAUACAUCGAACUGGGAAAAAAGGAGGGCGCCACUUUGUUAACUGGCGGUAAGCCUAUUGGUACAAAAGGGUAUUAUGUCGAGCCUACAAUCUUCGCUGAUGUAGCAGAUGACAUGACUAUUGCAAAGGAAGAGAUAUUCGGACCUGUGAUGUCUGUCAUGAAAUUCAAGACAAUGGAAGAGGUGAUCAAGAGGGCCAACUGCACAAAGUAUGGUCUAGCCGCAGGCAUCAUGACGAACGACUUGAACAUUGCGAACACGGUGUCAAGGUCGCUCCAAGCCGGCAUUAUCUGGAUCAACUGCUACUUCGUGUUCGAUAAGGAUAUGCCGUUCGGGGGAUACAAAAUGAGCGGGUUCGGGAGAGAUCUGGGAAUGGAGUCACUGAAUCAGUACCUUCAGGUUAAGUCCAUUGCUAUGCCUAUUUAUCAGUCUCCAUGGUUAUAAGUUUAAAGUGCAAUA